GUAAACAGCUCACGAAGUUUCCAGCCACAGCCCAUGUAGACGAAUGGGCACGCAGAGCGAGGGAGAGAGAGAGAAAGUGUUUCGUGGAAACACAGGACACGGGACUGGUUUUGAUAGUUCAGUUCAGUUUGAUCCUGUGUGGAUUUUAGGGAUGUUUUCAACAGUGUGACCUGCGCGCUCUGGCGGGACCGUUAGACGAGAGUAGAUCGAAGACGAGCGCUGGAAGACUUUGGGAACGAUGAUAGGUAACGAGCGGACAUCCAAACCGCCUCCAGCAUCACCUGCGGCUUUACCGGUUAACACAUCAAAGAGAAGAUUCACAAGAGUCGGAAGAAAGCAAAGCAAUGGUUCCCUCCAGUCAAGCUCAUCCAGCGGCACAACCACAGAGAUUGUCGGUAUUCGCCAACCAGCAAAGAACAAGAUCCGUCGCCACCAGCAUCGCCUCUCUGCCGUGUUCAGCCGAGGUUCUCUGAGAGACUCUGGGGAGAUGGCUGCUUCAGGAGAGGAAGUGUCGGUGACUGAAGAUCCCUCUGAGCUAUCAAAUCACAUCACGGCCCCAGGCAUUCUGAAGAUUUUUGGCACUGAGAUUUGUGAAGGAGCCAACUAUAAAAGUGUACUGGCCACAACACACUCCAAUGCCAAAGAACUGGUCAAAGAGGCAUUAGCCAGAUACUCCCUAAGCAAAGAAAAUAGUGAUGACUAUGUGUUAUGUGAUGUGAUUGGCUGUAUUGGAGAUCACACCUGGAGGACUGAAUGUGUUCGUGUGGUAGGUGACAAUGAAAAGCCCCUUCUGCUACAGUCCCUCUGGAAACCUAAAGAGGGUUAUGCACGUCGAUUUGAGAUCCAGCACAAGGCUACUGUGGAAGAGAACAACUCCAGAGAUAAGGACACAGUGACCGCAGGCAUAAAUGCACAGGCACGAAAGUUGCAGAAGACGCGCUCCAGAGGCAAAUCUGUUCCUCUGGACAUCUGUGUAAGCGAUGGUGGAGAUGAUAAUGGCAGACACAAUCUGUUUAGGAGUGCAAGCGAAACGAAACUAACAGCUGAUUCUGAACGCACCUGCAUCCGAUCCUGUAAAGAAGCCGGCGAAAAUGGCAAGAACCAAUUGCAGGGGGAGGAGCCUGAGGCUGAGGCCUACAAAGCAACACACUGUCCUGCCAAUGAAAGAGAGGAGACCGAGAGUAGCGAUGACAACUCGACACAGUAUUCCAUUCACCCACCCCUUGAGUUUCCUUAUUUCCUGCUCCUGCAGGGCUUCAGUUACAGACAGGAUUUUAUCAUCUACGCACUGAUAGGCAGCUACACAGUAUUUGGGCACCAAGUUAAACAAACUUGCAGUGAGCGUGAAGGUGAUACAGAUAGUCACCUUCUAUGGGCGCCUGAUAUUCUCCCCCAUCACUGCUGUGUUCAGCGCCUGGACAACCAUCCAGCCCCUGACCAAACUCUGGGAGGUGUCACUCUACUAAAACCCUUUGAUGGAGCAAAAGUGAAGUGGAAUGGAGUUGUCAUUACCCAAGAUGCUGAGCUGCAAUCAGGAGACAUCAUCGGUUUGGGUGAUCAUUACCUUUUCAUGUAUAAAGACCCCAACUCACCAAGGGUCACAACUAACGUUACCCUACCAUGGCAUCAUGAGAUGUUACAUACGUGCAGGCUACCUAUACUUUGUAAAACAUGUACAUUAUCAGAGAGAAAGUCUCGCGGUAAUGGCUUGCCCUGUCUUAAGGAUUCGGAAGGAGAGGAACUGGUUCUGGCUUAUGAUGUGGAACAUGAGUCCAGGGUCCUUAAGGAGAUAUUUGCAAUGGUUGAGAAGACUGAAAGUGCACACAGACUGACCGCAUCCUUCCUGCUGUGCUUGUGUCUCCAACAGUCUGCUACUCAUUUCUCAAUGCCUGCCAUACGCAGGCUGCUGUUACAUAUAGCCAAUGAGAUUCAAACGGUCGUUUGGGCCAAAGCAAAGGAACUUGCAGCUUUAUUAUCUGAAAACAGUGAGUCAGACCCAGAAGACUUGCAUCCAAGCACUGAAAAGCUGAUCCAGGGUCUGGAACCACUCGUCCUGUGGAUGGCCAAUUCAAUCCAGCUCCUUCAUUUCAUUCAGCAGGAGGUUCCUCGUCUGCUACACGCAAUCUCACAAGAAGAGGAGGAGGAAGAGGAAGAUUGUAAUGCGGUGCUGGAGUUACGCCUGUCCUCUAUACGAUCAGCCAGUGAGGAGGCCAUGACGGUCCUGGAGGAGGUCAUAAUGUUCACCUUCCAGCAGUGUGUCUAUUAUCUUACUAAGAUGUUGUAUCCAGUUCUUCCAGGCUUGUUGGACAGUAAUCCUUUCUCCAAAAGUGGACAGCUGCAGAUCUCGAAGGACAUCAGAAAAGUCCUGGAAAUCUGUACAAAAACACUGCAGCUAGUCAGAGUGUUCCAGGUGCACCCAGAAAUCACAGUGCAGCUCUUCGCCUACCUCUUCUUCUUCAUCAAUGCUUUGCUUUUCAAUCUGUUGAUGGAGAGAGGAUCGGGAGGAAGUUUUUACCAGUGGUCCCGUGGGGUCCAGAUCAGGGCUAAUUUGGAUCUGCUUAUAGACUGGGCACAUGGAGCAGGACUGAAUGAUUUGGCACACAGCUACCUUCUCAAACUCUCCACAGCUGUCAAUCUACUGGCCACACCCAAGGAAACUCUUUUGCAGAUGUCCUGGAGUGCCCUGCGGAUGGAGUUUAAUGCACUUAAUCCAGCACAGCUGCACCACGUACUCAGAGAGUAUAACUCACGACGCUCGUGUCCUGCAGCAUGGGCGCCCUCUAGUGAUGAAAGCAACACUGCCCUCACAACGAUUGAUAUCCUGGAAAGUUUUGAUAACCACCCACCUCUCAUACUCCCUGUGGAUGGAUUUGUUCUUGAUCUAAAAAGACCGAUCAGUGAAAUGGAUCUAGUUAAACAGCUGGGUCAUUUUCAAAGGCUGAUUAAAAAACUCACCGACCCAGAUUCUGGUUCAAAUUCCACAGAACCGCAUCAGCUCGUCUUCGCUGUACCAACAGAGGCCAAACUUACCAAACUGGAAGCUCAUCCAACAGCGCAUCUUGAACUUGGACACACGGAGAAAGUUUUUCAUUGGGCUGGAACAAAUGAUUUGGGCUCUUGUGAAACUAUUUUAACAAAGAAGCUUCAAAAUCUUGAGUUACAGAGGAGAGGGUUGCAUCCCAGCAGUGUGGAGAGCUCGGCCCCAUUUUUACUUACACCACCAAACCCACUGCAAAACCUUGAGCUGAUGGAUCCUGAAACAGAGCAUCAGGAGACGAUAUCACACCAUCAGACCUCUAAAUACCUUACUGAAAUCAAACAAGAAGGUAAGGGUGAUGAGGAAGAUGUGUUUGUGCUGGAGUUGCAGAGAGGAUCAUGUGGUUUGGGUCUGGCAUUGGUAGAUGGACAGGAAACACCAUUUAAAGUCAAUGGAAUAUACAUAAAAUCUAUAAUGCCGGAAUCUCCUGCUGCUUUGUCCCAGCGGCUGAGACCAGGGGAUCGUAUUCUAGCAGUGAAUGGACUCAGUCUGGUUGGGGUGGACUACCAAACUGGCAGGGAGCUCAUUCAGACAUCAGGAGACAGGCCACGGUUACUUGUUGCCAAAUCUGACAGAAAUACAAGAGAAGCAUAACAUUCCUCCCACAAAACAACUUUUCUAAAAUGUUUUACCAAAUGAUUUUAUGUGUAUAUGUCUUUUAUUUUAUUGUUAUAUGUAUGUGUGUGUGUGUGUGAUUCAUUAAUUGAAUUUUGAGAUUAAUGCAAUUUGAGUUUGUUACCUGUUUGCCAUCGGAGUCUUCUCUUUCUUGGUGCAUCCUGCUGGUAAAGCCAAUCGCCCCAAGCACCUCAUCUGUAUCAAUAUUAUAAUCAGAAAGCACAGAUCAUGAUAAACACAAAAACUUUGACUGUUAGAAUCUGUGAUUGAUUUAAAUAAACUCCAACCGCAGGAAAGGGAACAAUGACAGUACACAGGAAAUUUGCCAGAGUAAAAUUUACUCGAUUUGAAGAAAAUUUUACUCUAUAACAGAUAACAUUUGGUCCCUCUCUAAAAAAAGUAAAAGUUACUCUUUUGAUUGAGUUGCUUUUUUAGAGUUAAUUAUUCUCAAUGUAGUGUUAAUAUUUUACUCUGUCAUGUAAUAUUUGACUCUAUGUAGUGUUUGUAAAAACAACUCUAGUACCAUUUUACUCGGUUCAGAACUAAAAGAAAUUGACUCCGUUACAAUUUAACCCUAUUUAGAGUAAUUUCAGAUUUACUCUUCCACAAUUUACUUCCCCUCCGGAGUUGUUUUUCAUCAAUUAUUAGUGAACUACAAAAAAUAACCAACUCUGUCCAGAGUUAUUCUUCUGAAUUACAAAAUUCACAUUUUACCAUCAAACAGCUCGAAAAUGAAAAACAUCAGUCUGAAACAAACCUGUAAUUUCAGUAAAAUUUUAUUAUCUUGCUAAAAACAGCACUAUACAUUUUAUUUGUCAAGCCUCUUUUAAACAGCAUUUUUUACAAUUCAUAACAACACUAAAAUAAUAUAAAUAGUGAUAAUACAACAGAGGAGAUAAAGAAUUACAUAAAAUAAUAUGGUACAAUAAACAAAGCAGAAACAAACUACUACAAAUACUGAAAUGAGAUAUAGUUAAAGGAGACAUUUCACAAGACUUUAAGAUGUCAAAUAAAUAUUUGCUGUCCCAGAGUAUGUAUGUGAAGUUUUAGCUCAAAAUACCAUAUAGACAAUUUAUUGUAACAUGUUAAAAUUUACACUUUGUAGGUGUGAGCAAAAAUGUGCAGUUGUUGUGUGUGUCCUUUUAAAUGCAAAUGAGCUGCACUAAAUGGCAGUGGUUGAAUAGUGCAGAUUAAGAGGCGGUAUUAUUAUAAUAAGAUCCCCUUCUUACAUCACAAGGGGAGCCGAAUUUCAAUGAGCUAUUUUUUCACAUGCUUGCAAAGAAUGGUUUAUCAAAACUAAGUUGCUGGGUUUAUCUUUUUCACAUUUUCUCUGUUGAUAGAAGCACUGGGAACCCAAUUAUAGCACUUUAACAGGGAAAAAGUCAGAUUUUCAUGAUACACUGUAAAAAAUAAAUUGUUGGCUCAAUGAAUUAUUUUUUAGUAACUACUUCCACAGAAAUUUUACGUUCACUCAAUUUCUGACUCCAAAGUGUUAUCUGGAUUGAUGUUUUUUAGUUGGCCUAAUUUUGACUCAAAUAUAAAAAAGUAUGUUUGCUCAACUAGCUUUAUAGCUCAUUCAACUAAAAUGUUUUAAUCAGUUAAAUCUUUAAAAACUUACAGCAAAGUCUCUGUCAAUGAAAUUUUAAGUAUUUACUCAAUGUUUUAUGUGUUACUUCAAUUAAUAUUUAUUAUUUGGGAAUUUUUAAUAAACUUUUUAAAAUUAUUUAUCAAAUAAUUUAUGCUGGUGUUGUUAACAAAUAAUUAACUUCAGUCACAUAAAAACAGAAGCUUUAUUCACUUAUCAUACAGACUGAACAUAAAGCACUCCAAAGUCAGUCAGAACAUCUGCAGGGCCAUUAAGGAGAACUUCUUUCACCAUGUAUCUCUGGUCUGCCUCUCUCCACAUCAUCACCGCUCUGGUUUGAUAAACAGAGGAAUAUAAAUACACACACACACACAUACAUAAAUACAUGUUUAAUAUAAUAAAGCUUGACGGUGAAAGACUUUAUACCCUAAAAUUGCCAAAUUUCCCUCAGACGUCACACGUAAUUGAAUUAAACACUAUUGGGCGGUUUUCUCGGACAGGACUUAUCACUGACUAAAAUACUGACAUCUCUUAACAUAUGAGUGC